AUGGCCAGGUUUCAGGAUCUUCCCGUAGAGCUCGCAGUGGCGAUCAUGAAAUAUGCCGACACCCCACAGGAUGUUUCCGCCAUGAUACGGGCCGAUCCGUAUCUGCUACAUUGCUUUUUCGAUAACAGGGAGCAAGUAUUGACGCCGCAGGCCACCAAAAUUAUGGAAGUUUGUGGAGGCCAUCUCUCAACCGCCCACUUGCCCGCAGCUCGACUUCGCCAUACUAAGAAGGAUCCCGCGUUCAAUGAUGCUCGGCCACAGCAUCGCGAACAAAUCGUCAGUCCGAUCCUGCGGUCUUGUAUCAGCAGCCACAAUACCCAUCACCAUGUGUCUCAUCGUGCUUCACUAGCGACCAUUUGCGCGCUCUCGACUGUCGCCAUCGAUGUUGGAUGGCUAACAACAAGCUAUGUCUCCCAGGUGCACAAGCAAUACGAAAUUUUUAGAGACCAGGAAAGUGUUCCUAAAGUCUCCUUCAAGGAGCGCCAGAGGUUCAUCAACGCAGGGCGUCGCUUCGAGAGCUACGUCCAAGCCUUUUUCCAUAUGGAGCAGCCAUUAUUCCCGACGGACGAGAGCAUUCGCCGACUCCUCUUUGCGCCGCGUCUUUGUGGUUUAGAGUCGCACCCUCAGAUUGACGCCAAAGAAACCUUUUAUUCUAUUGCAUACUAUGUCUACGAUCAGCACUGCACUAUGAUGAAUAACAUAAACCGCUAUCUGAGUGUAGCCACACAGCCCAUUAGUAGCAAGGACAAGGACAACAGCCAAGAGCUAGAAGAGAGGCAAAAGUGGCGACUACUAAAUUGCAAACAGAUCGAGGUGAAUAAAUAUGUCCAUUACCUCACAUCCGAAGGCCUAGGCAUGCUCCUACGCCUCCAGAGUAUGGAGCUUGAAGAUCAGACACGGUUUGUGCUAUCGAACUGUGAGACCGUCCUCGAUAGUCGACACCCUAACGUUCUCAUGGUACCUGGUAUUGAUCUCUAUGAGAUUGGAACACUAGAGGAGCAUAGCUGGAAUCCAUGGGUAGAUUCCAAGGGUGUCUUUGGAGUUACGUCUGAUCAAUGGAAAUGGGCUCAAUCAUUCUUGGACGACGAUCGGGGGAGGACUGGUUGGUUUAUGUGGUGGUAG